CUUGCGGGGAAAAACAUGGUUUGGUGGCCGGUGGGGGCAUCGCUGUUUGCCAGUAACGUGGGUAGUGGGCACUUCAUCGGCCUUGCCGGCUCUGGGGCUGCAGUAGGCAUUGGCCCCACGGCAUAUGAAUGGAAUGGUCUGUUCAUGGUCCUUGUCCUUGGCUGGAUAUUCCUGCCCAUCUACAUCACCUCUGGGGUGACAACAAUGCCAGAAUAUUUACAGAAGAGAUUUGGUGGGAAGCGAAUACAAUUAUUUAUAGCUGUUUUAUACUUAUUUAUUUACAUUUUCACAAAAAUUUCGGUGGACAUGUACGCCGGGGCCGUAUUCAUCCAGCAGGCCCUACACUGGAACCUGUACCUGGCUGUAGUUCUCCUGCUGGCUAUCACUGCCCUCUACACAGUGGCAGGAGGCCUGGCGGCAGUGAUCUACACGGAUGCUGUACAAACUGUUAUCAUGGUGAUCGGUGCUCUGACGCUCAUGGUCUUCAGUUUUGUGGAGGUGGGCGGUUGGGAUGCUCUUCUCCAAGGCUAUGCGGAUGCCAUUCCUAGUGUCCGCUACCCCAACAGCACCUGUGGCAUUCCCCGAGAUGAUGCCUUUCACCUGUUUCGUGACCCUCUAACCUCUGACCUGCCCUGGCCUGGGGUCCUGGUCGGGAUGACCAUCCCAUCACUGUGGUACUGGUGCACAGACCAGGUGAUUGUACAGCGAUCGCUAGCCGCAAAGAACAUGGUUCAUGCCAAAGGAGGCUCCUUGCUGGCUGCAUACCUGAAGAUCCUUCCCUUUUUCAUGAUGGUGUUACCAGGAAUGAUCAGCAGGAUCCUCUUCCCAGAUGAGGUUGCGUGUGGAGACCCUGCAGUGUGUGAAAAAGUGUGCAAAAACCCUGUAGGCUGCACGGACAUUGCCUACCCAAAGUUGGUCAUGGAGCUUCUGCCUGCAGGCCUCCGAGGAUUGAUGAUGUCAGUGAUGAUCGCGGCACUCAUGUCCUCACUUACCUCCAUCUUCAACAGCUCCAGCACCAUAUUCACCAUGGACCUGUGGAGACACAUGCGCACACAGGCCACCGAGUGGGAGUUGAUGAUUGUGGGCAGGGUGUUUGUGUUGGUGCUCGUGGUUAUCUCUGUGCUCUGGAUCCCCCUGGUGCAGGCCAGCCAGGGCGGCCAGCUCUUCAUCUACAUCCAGUCCAUCAGCUCCUAUCUGCAGCCGCCCAUCUCUGUAGUCUUCAUUGCUGGCUGCUUCUGGAGGCGGGCCAACGAGAAGGGUGCCUUCUGGGGAUUGGUGGUUGGCUUGCUGGCUGGCUGUGUGCGGAUGGGCCUAGAUUUCGUGUACCCUGUUCCGCUGUGCUACGAGGAAGACUUGAGGCCCCAUGUGAUUAAAUAUGUCCACUACCUCUACUUCUCCAUCAUCCUGUCUGUGUUAACGAUGGCCGUGGUCGUUGUUGUCAGUCUGGCAACAGAGAAGCCCCACCCAGAACAGACCAGUGGCCUCACCUGGUUCACCAGGUUUGACAAGAUGGGGAAAGACAACGAGGGCUUGGAAGUAGUCGACUUACCAUUGCAAGGAAAUGCACAACAUGAGGUAGUGGAAGAAUCCAGCAAUAAAGAUGAAAAUCAGGAAAAAAACGAGAGCAACAAGGAAGGCAUGUCAAAGGUUAAAGCUGCCAUUCUCUGGCUCUGUGGGUUGGAGCGCAAGAAGGAGGGUCCUACCAUUCCGCCGUCUCCGCCAAUGACUGUUGGCACCCUGCACGAGGACCCCUUCAUGAGGCGUGUGGUCAAUGCUAAUCUGAUAGUGUGCAUGGCUGUUGCUGUGUUCCUGAUUGGCUACUGGGCCUAGUGGAAGAAUACAGCUGUAGAUGUGAGAGUGGACACACCUGAAUGCACCCGGGUCACAGCUGAACAGUCAUGUCCAAAAUGCACCGAACAAAGUCUGUGGUUGUGCAAUGACAUCUUCCUAAUGUUCACAUGGGUUUCAUAUGUUCAUCACAUCCAACACAUACACCAUCUGCAGGACAUGCACUAACAAUAAUAUUCUAUAUAUUUCUACUUCUCAUUCAAUCAGUCUGUUGCUU